AUGUCGGAUAGCAUUUCAGAUUCAAAGUCUUCAGAACUUUUGAACUCUACUUUUUAUUCAUCAAACUCGAUAAAUACACUCGACCAUGCUAGGACCUUUAGAAAUUCUCUGAUAUUGAAAGAGAUAUCUAAUCAAAGUUUGAGCUCGUCAAUAAAGCCAAGCGAGUCGUUCCUUGAUGAAAACGCAGAAAGCACAGCAGUUUCGCAAAGGUCGCUCGGAGGUGCAAUUCAAAGCUCAGAAGUACAAACUGUAAAUAUGACAACUUCUCCCUCAUUGAGUGCAUUGGCUGAUAUUCUGAAUGAAAGAUCAAAGUAUGCUGAUCUGAAAACUAGAAAAGCGCAGAAUAUCGAGUCUCUUAUAAUCGAAGAAGAGGAAGAUGCCGAGGAGCAAGACAGUUCGGUCAACUAUAAUGAGAGGGUUACUGAGUCCAGACUUGGUAUACCAGAGGAAGUAAACGAAGACGUAGCGAUAGCUUCUCCAAACCUUAUUGAUAUUGACGGUUCCAGUAGCAUUCAAGUUGCUUCUUCAAACUUACCUUCUUUCGAUGAGCCUGACUUUUUAUCCACUCCUAAAGUCAAACCAGAAUUUCCGAAUCCACCGAGCAAAGUUCACAUACAACCUACAAUUAUUGAGCAAGACAACAGCCCACCAGUAAAGCUGGAUCAUAAACCUUUGGUAAAAUCUGAAACAAAGGCUUCGACACAUAAUAUAGGGCCAUUAAAAGAGAACUCAAAGCCAUUGCCUCCUUCUAGUAAAUUGCAUAACCCAAAAGUUCGUUCGAACAAACUGGAGGCACGAAAGUACACUGAUUCCUUGGCCCAACGGACUACUUCAGCAGGUUCUGUACUUGAAGAUACUUCCGUGCAUAAAAAGAAAAAGAGUAUAUUUUCGUUUCUCAAGAAGAAAGAACCAAAAGCUGCUCUUAAACACCAUAGUAUACUGAACGAAGGAAAUAGGAUGUCGUCAUCAAGUACCUUCUCAAUGAAUACUCCAACUUCUUCAAAAACUCCUGAAAAACUAAAGAAAAAAUCACAUAGUAGCAGCAGUAUUUUUAAUUCCUUUCUCAAGGGAAAAAUUGAGACUUCAGAGUCACCUCAAAAGGAACCAAUAAGGCAUAAAAAAAGAACUCCAAAAUCCAAGGACAAAAAGAAAGAUAUAGAACUCCCACUUGAUACUACGUCAGUAUCAUCUAUUGAAUCACCUCUACUGCGAAAUAACUUCGACGAUAUUCCUAUCAAAGCUGAUCAAAAAACGAAAUCAGUUGAUCAAAGAAAACCUACUCCUUUGAAUAUGGAUCUUAUCUUGGGAGGCAAUGAGAACCAAAAAAAUAACACAUCACCAAAGCAAGCAAGAGAAGAUAGUGUUGUUAAUAACGACUCUCAAUUACCGUCCAGAGAUACUUUCUUGUCACUAGAAUAUGAAGCUCCAUCACCAGCAUUUUCCAAGCAUGAUACGGGUGAAGUCCUUUUCCCAAAAUUUUUGGAUAGUCAUGAAGUUGACUCGAUCGUUUCAUUAGAAAGAACAAGAUCCACGAAGUCUAAUAAAAGAAGUUCGAUGAACUCACAAAGAAGAUCAUUGACAGACACUUUAUCCAUCAAGGCACAAAGUGAGGGAAUGUUUAUUACUGAAGCGUCUUCAGUGGUAUUAUCUACCCCGGACUUGACAAAGUCACCUGCCAGUAGCAUUUUGAAAAAUGGAAGAUUCGAAUACUCAGAGAAUUUCUCCAGAGAAUACUCUUACGAAGGUAUCACAAACGAAGAACACAACAACAUCUUAACCAUUAGCAAUGAUAAUGACCCAUUCCAAAAGGGUGAUGUAUUUUUAGAUUCGAUUGAACAAAAAUUCGAUCAGUUAGUGAUGGCUUCUGAUGAAGAAAAAACUGAAGGUGAGAAUGAAGUACCGAAGCCAAGGAAAGAACCUGUGAAAAAAACUCUCGAGGGCAAAAAUACUUAUGCAGAUGACGAUGAUGAGCUAAUAUCUGACAUUAUGGAAUUCGCAAGUUUCAUCAACUUUGGUGACGAUGAUUUAAAUUUAGAUUUAGAUUUAGGGAACACAACUGCUCCAUAUGCGAUAGAAGGCUCCAAAGUUGUUGACACUAAGAACAUAAACAGCUCUAAUGCAUUUUAUACAAAAGGUAAUAAGGAACCUAGUCACACAGGGGAAGAAUCUCAAUUAUAUCCCGUUGUUGGGCAAGCUACUACAUACGAAAAUGGGCAUCAAAAUGAACUAUUAAGUUAUGAACAAGAUGACAGUGGAUUGACGGAUAAUGAUUUUGAGAACGAGGAUUUCAAUAAACACACAGAGCUGCCCGUAGAAGUAACCCCAAGAAAUAAUGCAUAUUUACCAGAAUUUGAACCCAACAGACCUGUUUCAAUGUCUUUUAAAGGACUCAAAGCUCCGGGGAUGGACACAUCUUUUAUUGACUUCAUGACGCCUGACUCCCCUGUGAAAUCAGACGUAACAAGUCUAGGUGAGAUAGAUGUAAAAGAUAAUGACGGUCACGGUGUUAGGUUCUCGUCACAGAUAAUUCUUUAUGAUACUUAUGGAGAAUUUGAAUAUGAUAGGCACCCAGAAAUUUCGACUUGUAACCAACUUACACCCCAGUUAGCUCAAAUGAUCAAAUUGGAGUUAAAUGAAUUAAAAAGUGCAAUGGAAGUGCACGAUGAUUCGAGAUGUUACACACACUUCUAUUAG